UCUCUACCUCACUCUUUAACCUCAGUCGACAGUCUACUCUUUCUGUCUUUGCUGAAUCCCUCAAUGGAUUCAGCCUGAUGAGUUUGGGGAGCUCAAACAUGGUUGGAGGUGCCCUGGGAACAGCCUUCUCUCUCCUGCUCAUUACCUCCAUUAUACAAGGGCUCCAGGAUGUUGAGGUGUUCCAUAAUGAAAAGAUGGAGGCAGUAGCAGGCCAGAACGUUACCUUACCCUGUGUCGUAAGAAACCAUACUGAUCUCAAGAUCGUCAGUAUUGAAUGGCGCAAGGACAGAAAUGAAAACACAAAGCUGGCCCUGUACAGCCGAGGUUUUGGAAUCAAUCUGUUUUGGCCUAAUGUCACCAUGCUGAUUGACAACACAUCAAUGGGCACCUACCUACAACUUUACGGGGUGGCAAAAUGGGACAGUGGUGUCUAUACUUGUGACAUCACAAGUUUUCCUCUGGGCUCCAUCAGGAGAGAAACGGAGCUAAAGAUCAAAGAUGAUGUUCAAAUUAUGUGUGAUGUGGAUGGCUCCAUUGAGGUCCAUGCUGGAGAAAAUGUGACCAUUCAGUGCAGAGUAUUCCCUGAUGUACAGUACAAGUGGACCAAGAACAAGAGGCUGGUGUCAGAGAAUGAAUCUCUGGAGCUCUGGUGUGUGACUGAUGCUCACACAGGGGUUUAUACGCUGACUGUCAACACAGGAAACAAAAGUCUGCAUAAAGAGUUUAUCAUCACAGUGCUACCAGCAACCACAAGCUUAAGGACAGAUCUUGUGACAGUGCCACCACAGUCUAAUGUAACUGAGCAGGGUGUGAUAACAUCAACAGGCAGCAGCCUCACCACAUCUCCGACCAGUGGGCUCUCAUCUACUGACACCAAUGUAACUUGGACCACGAGUACGGGCACUGAUGUAACAGAUAAUGAUCUAUACCUCAGCAAUGUCACAGCUGGAGAGCGUGAAACCUCUCUAACAAAUUCUACACAUAUCCAUGUCACGUCAUCCCCUGCCACUCACACCGAUCCCUAUCGCUUCAGCAAUUCCACUUAUCAGGAGAUAAACCAGACACACGAUUUAAACACAUCCACUUACUCUGACCAGUCAGUGCCAAGCAAUCUAUCCACAACAUUAAGUUAUGCUGAUACGGACUUCAGAUCAACACAGGAGACGAGGAAUGAGUCCAUGGGGGGCAAUCCUGGUGCAGCCCCAACUCUGAGCACUAGGAAUACAACCGUGCUCAUUGAGGAAGCAGAUUCUGGUGGUGUACGGAGUCAUCUUUUGUUAGUGUUAAUCAUUGUUCCAAUCCUGGUAUUGAUCGCUGUGGCUGUAUUUCUCUACAGGAGACAAAUUAUAAAGAAGAGGAUGGAUCUUCCGCCUCCGUUCAAACCCCCUCCUCCUCCAGUAAAGUAUACAUCUGCAAGACACCAUGAGAUUUUCCCUACGUCAAGGUGUAACUCGGUUACAGAAAGAUAUGAUAUAUGAUGCAUG